CAGGUCAACCUCCAUCGAUCAGAGAGAAUAAUGAUUGAUCAGAAGUGAAGACAGUAACUCAACCUGACGCGUGUUAGUGCUUCAGACACUGCUCAAUCCUUUGACAGUCAGUUUAGCUAUCUGUUUGCUGCGUAAGAUAUUUAAACGUCACGUAAACAAGCUCAGUGACAUCAACAUAAGAAGAAGAAGAAGAAGAAGAAGAAGGAGCUAUGGCCAUAAAUAAAUUCAAACUCGCUAUAGGUUUUAUAGUGGCAGGUGUCCUAACAGUGUCUUUCGGGUUGGUGCUUCUUUUUGUGGGACCUUUAAUUAUCGACGACCAGAUAGUGAAGAACACCGUGAUCGACCCAAACAACGACCUGUCCUACACCAUGUGGAGGGACAUUCCCGUUCCCUUCUACAUGUCUGUCUACUUCUUCAACGUCCUCAACCCGAAGGAGAUACUGAACGGAGAGAAGCCCAUGGUGGAGCAGAGAGGACCUUAUGUGUACAGAAAACGCUGUCAGAAAGACAACAUCACAUUUCAUCCCAAUGAUACGGUGUCGUACAGAGAAUACAGACAGUACCACUUCGAGCCUUCGAUGUCUGUAGGAAACGAGUCGGACGUGGUCACGAUUCCUAACAUGUUGGUGCUGGGUGCAGCCGUGAUGAUGGAAAACCUGCCCUAUGCUGUCCGUUUAAUGAUCAGCGCCACCUUCAAGACUUUCAACGAGGGGCCCUUCCUGACCAAAACAGUAGGGGAACUGAUGUGGGGUUAUGACAGCGGACUGGUCGAUUUCCUCAAUAAAUAUCUGCCUGGGAUGCUGCCCUCAACGGGGAAGUUUGGCCUCUUUGCUGAGUUUAACAACUCCAACACCGGCCUGUUCACCAUCUUCACCGGAAAAGAUAACAUCAGGAAUGUCCAUAAAGUCGACUCCUGGAACGGUCUGACGGAGCUGAACUACUGGAGGUCCCACCAGAGUAACAUGAUCAAUGGAACAGCUGGACAGAUGUGGCCUCCAUUCAUGACCAAAGAAAGCACUUUACCUUUCUACAGCCCUGAUGCCUGCAGAUCUAUGGAGCUCGUGUACCAGCGUCCUGGUGAUUUCAAAGGUGUCCCUCUGUAUCGAUAUGUUGCACCCAAGACGCUGUUCGCCAACGGGACCGACUACGCUCCCAACGAAGGCUUCUGCCCCUGUAGACAGUCUGGCCUGCUUAAUGUCAGCAGCUGCCGCCACAACUCUCCGGUCUUCAUCUCUCAUCCUCACUUCUAUAAUGCUGAUCCAGUGCUGCUGGACUACGUGCAGGGCCUCAGUCCCAAUGAAGAAGAGCAUGGCCUCUUCAUAGACAUCCACCCACAAACAGGUGUCCCUCUGAACGUGUCCAUCCGCCUGCAGCUCAACCUUUACAUGAAGAGAGUGUCAGGAAUUACAGAAACUGGCAAGAUUUCUGAGGUGGUGAUGCCCAUGAUCUGGUUCGAGGAGAAAGGAUAUAUAGACGGUCCCGUCCUCACCACGUUCCACACAAACCUGGUCAUUCUACCGGCUGUGAUGGAGUACAUGCAGUACGGCUUCAUCGCCCUCGGACUUGCGACCAUACUGCUCGCCAGCCUGGCUCAUUACAGACUGAAGAGGUCUAGUAGAAACGCUGCGUUCACCUCCAAUGUUAUCGACGAGCCCAGGGCCUCCAAUAAUGAGCCGGUAAAAGGCUCACAUGACCAUGAUACACAGGAGAAAUGUAACAUGACUAAUUCAGAGAGAUAAACACGACGGUGACAUCACACCAGAUGAAAACGAGAGCACUUCAACCGAAGAGAAAGACCCUCUACUCCACGAUGAAAUGGACUGACCUGCACACACAUUUAUAUAUAUAUAUGUACAUUAUAAACACUCAGCUGUUGUCGUCGGACCGACAGUGUUUCAGUUGAGGAAGUGAGAUGAAACACUCCCUCAGUAUAUUUUAAUGAUACUUUAUACUGUAAAGUUUAUGACACUCUCAGCCUAAAGACUCACUUCAUUAGACAGGUUUUGUGUCCAGGCUGUUCAGGGGAGUCGAGACUGUCUCUGAGUGGAGCGAGGGAAGCUCAAGUCACACACACACAAAAAAAAUAAGAAAAUAAACACUUUUUUUGUAGCAACCAAAAAAAUCAUUGUGCUCUGCUCGUCAGUGUUUAUGGUUUUAUCACUACAUCAGGAUCAGGAGCAGCAGUAGACGAACUACUGUGGUGGAUUUUUUUUUUCACUUUUUUUUUUUUCAAGAAAUGUUUCUGUAUAAACCCUGCUGUUGUCCUCCCAGGUCAAAUUGGCCUCAUCUCUUUUGACUGUUCCUUUUUUCCUUCCUUCCUCCCUCUUUCUAUAAUUGUUCCUUCGUUCUUCCCCUCCUUCCCUCUUUCUUUGCUCCCUCCUCCUUCCAUACUUCUUUCCUCACUUCCUUCCUUCCUUCCUCCCUCCCUCCCUCCUUUCUUUCCUUCCUUCCUUCCAUCCUUCCUUCCUCAUUUCCCUCCUCCCUUCCUUCUCUCCUUACUUCCUUCCUCUUUUCCUCCCUCCCUCCCUCCUUACUCCUUUCCUUCCUCAUUCCUCCCUUCCUUCUCUCCUUACUUCCUUCCUCUUUCCUUCCUUCCUUCCUUCCUCCUGUCCUUCCUUGACCUGGGAGGACAACAGGAGGGUUAACAACAAGGGAACUAACUAACUAACAGACAGAGAAGCUCUUUGUAUGUCUAAUGACUGCCAGGUGUACAGUAUUUCAAUACCAAUGUGCCUUCAUUAAAGGGGAAAGAAAAAGAAAGAAAAAAAAGAGAGAAUUAAACAUUCCUCGGAGCGAAUGUACUCCUAUUUGUAUACUACUGUCUUCUCUUAAGGUGUGAAUGUAUUUCAUGAGAUGGAUGUGAAUGAUGCCGCUUGGUGUCAGUCGCCUCUUUUAUGAUAAAUAAGUGAUUUAAGAGAAAAAUAAAUAAAUAAAUGUUCCUUUGUUGGA